AUGGCUACAACAUCUGACGACCCCAACCGUCGGUUCUCGACAGGCACGACAGCUGUAGGCAGCGAACCCGAAAUCGUCUCAGAACACACAGAAGAAGCUCCAACCGUAAGCCACGCCCUGGCCGAAGAAAGCAAAGACCUGGACUUUACAGAGAAAGGCGCUGCCCAACUCGAACACGGCGAUGUCGAAGUCAAGAACCUGGGAUGGAACGAGGAGCCGCAAGCCGUACCGCAUCUUGUCGGCGGUCUCAAGAAUGAAGAUGUCUGGGCUUUGAUUCGUCGCUUCGACAAGCAGGUGUUUUACGUCAAGAGCAUCGACGAGCCCCCGCUGGGAAUGCUGGAUAUGAAUAUCGCAGAUGACGAAGAGUUUUCUCCUGAGAAGCUUAGGGCGCAGAUUGAGAGACUUUAUGUGUCUGUUUUCACGCAGCUGUUUUCGUUCUGGAAGCAUAUUGUGAGACUUCGAUCGUGGAAGGAGACGAGACGGACUUCUGCUUUCUUGGGAGUGUAUACUCUGGCAUGGCUGCUCGAUAUUCUGGGACCCACGAUCAUCAUCUUCAUCAUGAUCCUGAUUUGGUACCCUGAGGCUCGCGAUAUUUGCUUCCCUGGCGCACCUCCUUCCCUGAUUGACUCCAAGACUGGAGGAGUCAAGACACCGGCUGCUGGUGUACUUGCUUCUGAUGACUCUGUUACUGGUGCGCCGGAGAAACAUAAGGGUGAAGCAGCUGAACAGGAGGCUCAUAGCUUUGUGACGAGCCUUUCAACGAUUGUUGUUAGUACUGCUGCUGGAAAGCAUCCCCAGACGGACCCCGACGACGACAGCAUUGCGCCUGACCCUACUAAGCUUACCGAAGAAGCUACGGAGGCUAAACAAAAGUCUCUGGGAAACAAUCCCCAUGCCAAGCACAACAGGGCCAAGAAGCCAGUGUCGAACGCUGUCUGGGAUAAGGCUCGUCCCACGAUGCACAUGAUCGCCGACUUUGUCGAUACAUGGGAACGCUUCGGAAAUGCUCUUAGUCCCGCUGCGCCUUUCCAUCGUCAUCGACCCAAGUUUAUUCUCAUCGGUGUUCUUGUACCAAUGCUUCUCGGAUCGUACUUCACGUCUCCCUACAUGGCUAUGAAGGGAAUGGGUUUCGGCGCUGGCUUUGGAUUCUUUGGUGAUCCUAUCAUUACACCUGCUUUGAACUUUAUCAACAGGACGUAUCCUCGCUGGGAGAAGUAUGUUGAACUGCGAAAUACUAUUCUUCGAGGUGUCCCGACAAAUGCGCAGUUGGCCAUCACUCUUCUCCGUAUUGGAGAGAGGAACAAGGCUCCUCUGCCACCGCCUCCUACCUCGGAUAUUCCUCCUGCAACUGAACCUCAUGAGACUGCCGGAGAAGGUCUCGAACAUCUAGAAGGAGUAUCGCAGGCCGAAAUCACCGCGGCUGUCCAGCCCGAUCCUAACGUAAUCCACGAGGAAGAACAAGAACAGGAGGAAGAAAAGACAAAGCACAAGAAGUCCCAUCGUAUUAUGAACUUCAUCAAGGGUACGGCAAAGGGCGGCGUAGCAACAGCUCUAGCCGCCGACAAAGCCAAAGCCAAGGCAGGCGCACACCACGCAAAGAACCGUCUCGGCGUUGUAAAGGGCGAACAGCCUAACCCUAUUACUGGUCCUAUCCGUUUCCCUUGCCGAUACAAGGGUAAGAAGGGCCAUGCUUACAUCACAGCUACAGCUACCACGCCCGCUGUUAGCUGGACGAUUGAGGCUGAGGACUUGAAACCUACUUGGACGGUUACAAUUGGUGAGAUUGAUGAGUUGAAGAAGAUGGGCGGUUUGGGGUGGAAGAGCAAGAUCAUUGUUGGUUGGGCUAUGGGAAGUGAGAUUGUUGAUGGGUUGAUUAUCAAGACUAAGGAUGGUAAUGAACACCAUCUUACGGCUGUCAGUAUGAGGGAUCAAUUGUUUAAUCGGUUGAUUUCUAUGGGGAGCCAGAUGUGGGAGGCAUGGUAA